UUUCUCGUGACGUAAUGCCUCAGCGCCUGGCAACAUGAACUGAGUGAUUCAUUCUAAAGUUAAGACAUGGCUUUUUCUUAGUUUGCGCUCCUAUCGGUAUAAAAAUGUAUCUAACUUGGUCAAACGCGAACCUCGAUAGCUUAGGCUAACACUUGUGUUGACAUUUUACCAUCGUCCCACCAUGAAGUUGCUCAAUAAAGAUAUUGAGAAAGAUAAUGCCGGUCAGGUGACUCUGGUGCCAGAGGAGGCGGAGGACAUGUGGCACACCUAUAACCUGCUCCAAGUGGGGGACAGCCUGAGAGCCUCAACCAUCAGGAAGGUGCAGACCGAGUCGACCACAGGAAGCGUGGGCAGCUCCAGGGUUCGGACCACUCUGACUCUGUCUGUGGAGGCCAUCGACUUCGACUCGCAGGCCUGUCAGCUCAGAGUCAAGGGCACCAACAUCGAGGAGAACCAGUAUGUCAAGAUGGGGGCGUACCACACCAUCGAGCUCGAGCUCAACAGGAAGUUCACUCUGGCUAAGAAAUGCUGGGACAGCGUGGUUCUGGAUCGGAUCGAGCAGGCCUGCGAUCCGGCGCAGAGAGCAGACGUGGCGGCCGUGGUGAUGCAGGAGGGCCUGGCCAACGUGGUGCUGGUGACCCCCGCCAUGACCCUGCUGAGAGCCAAAGUGGAGGUCACCAUUCCUCGGAAGAGGAAGGGAAGCUGCAGCCAGCAUGAGAAGGCGCUGGAGCGGUUCUACGAGGCGGUGAUGCAGGCGAUUCUUCGUCACAUUAAUUUUGAGGUGGUGAAGUGCAUCCUCGUGGCGAGCCCCGGGUUUGUCAAGGACCAGUUUUACGCCUAUGUCUUCAAAGAGGCGGUGCGACAGGACAACAAGGUCCUGCUGGAAAACCGACCUAAAUUCAUGCUGGUCCACUCGUCAUCAGGCCACAAAUACUCACUCAAAGAAAUCCUGUGUGACCCGGCCGUGACCAGCAGGUUGUCUGACACCAAGGCGGCUGGAGAAGUGAAAGCCCUGGAAGAUUUCUACAAGAUGCUGCAGCAUGAGCCCGACAGAGCCUUCUAUGGAAUCGCUCACGUAGAAAGAGCCGCGGACGCGCUGGCCAUCGACACGCUGCUGAUCAGCGACAAGUUGUUCAGACAUCAGGACAUUCAGACACGGAGUCGAUACGUCCGGCUGGUGGACAACGUGAGAGACAACGGAGGAAACGUCCGAAUAUUCUCAAGCCUUCAUGUCUCUGGUGAACAGCUGACCCAGCUGAGCGGAGUCGCCGCCAUCUUGCGGUUUCCCAUCGCCGACCUGUCGGACGCCGAAGACGACAGCAGCUCAGGCGAAGACUGACCCGGUUCACAGCUUUGCAGCGAUUCUGUGUCGUUGAAACAAAUCAGCAGAAGAAGCAAAAGUUUUUCCACUUCUGUGAAACCGAAGUGACGCGUUUCUCUGAGUGGCUAAAUAACCGAAUGCAGUUUAGAGUGGGUUGAUGCUUUUGAUUUGAAAAGCUGCAAGAGCUAGAAAAUAACAAUAAUCCAGUUGUUGCCAAAUCCAGAUUUAUUUCAGAGAUUUUCCUUUUUUUUGAAGUGUAUAUACAGCUAAUCUUUCUUUGAGAUUAAACAGGAGAACCAUGC